UAUGUCACCGUCAACGUCUUUGAGACGUCACCCGAGCAAUAGAAGUAGAAAGCCCUGUAGCCAGAGAGGAGAGAGGCUAAUGUUCGUCCACUUACUUGUCAGCAGCUCGCACCGCGGCGGCAAUGGUUGACCGAGUCCGAGGAACCCACCCCAGGCCGGAGCUCACCCUCGCCCGGUGGUCCCACCUGGAGUGAAGCGGACGCGCGGAGGACAAGAGCCGUUCUCGGCGGGGGCAUGGCCGCGGGCCAGGAGCGAGCCCGGGGGACUUGUUCUCGCCAUUUUUCGCUCCGGGGAACGCCGUCGUGCCUCGGACUCUUGAGGAUAUUAUUUAUUGCUUUUAGCCACACGGCGACGGCGAAUAAAGAAGCAUUCAUUCAAUGUGACACAAUAUUAGAAGUGCUACAUUUUGGUGAUGGAGGCGUUAUACCGGCUGACUCCGACAUCAAUUUUGGUUUAUAUCAACAAAGCUCGGCCCCGCACCGUGGGAACUGCAGACCCAUACGCUUCGAGCCUCCGAUGUUGGACUUCAGCAAACAGCCAGUUGGGAUGCCAAAAAUGGAGAAAGUUUAUUUACAUAAUCCUAGUUCAGAAGAAAUUAGUUUGAUAUCAAUAUCAGCGAUGACGGCGCAUUUUCACGCCUCUUUUUUCCAGAACAGGAUAAUCCCACCUGGAGGAAACACGUCAUUUGAUGUCGUGUUUCUCGCGCGAGUCGUCGGGAAUGUAGAAAACACUUUAUUUAUUAACACAACACAUCACGGAGUAUUUACCUACCAGGUUUUCGGGGUGGGUAUCCCAAACCCUUACAGGCUCCGUCCCUUCGUCGGGGCCCGAGUCCCAGUAAACAGCAGCUUCUCGCCGCUGAUAAGCAUCCAUAACCCCUACAGUGAACCGCUGCAGGUGGUUGAGAUGUAUUCCAGUGGAGGAGAUCUACAUUUAGAGCUUCCUACGGGGCAGCAGGGCGGCACUGGGAAAUUAUGGGAGAUCCCGCCCUUCGAAACCAAGGGCGUGAUGAGAGCCAGUUUCUCAUCCAGAGACGUGGACAACCACACGGCUUUCAUCCGAAUCAAAACCAACGCGCCCAACGAAAAUAAGUUUAUUAUUUUGCCAGUCGAGGUGGAGGUCACAUCAGCCCCUGGUAUUUAUUCCUCCACGGAGAUGCUCGACUUUGGCACACUGCGCUCGCAAGAUCGGCCGAAACUGAUGGCUCUGUACCUGUUGAAUUCAGGAACAAAAGAUGUUCCCAUCACAAGUGUUCGUACAACGCCGUCCAAUGAGGCCAUCACGAUAGACUUUAAAGCUAUCACGCUCAGAGCAGGAGAGAGCAGAUACAGAAAAGUAGCUACUAUUAGCUUUGACGCCUCCAAGGCCAGAAGGUCAUAUCAGUUCUUUGGUAAAAUCACAGUAAAAGCGAAAGAAAAGAGCUACUCCAAGCUCGAAAUCCCUUACCAGGCAGAGGUUUUAGAAGGCUACCUGGGCUUUGACCACACGGCGACGUUGUUCCACAUUCGUGACAGCCCGGUGGAGCCGAUGGAGCGGCCCAUAAUGCUCACAAAUGUCUUUGGCUUUGCCAUCCGAAUACACAAUGUAUCUCUUCCCGAAGAGGCCAAAACCAUGUUCACAGUGCAAAACUUCAGUGCGCCUGUCCUGGUCCCCGCACACAAGUCGUGCUACGUUUUCUCGCUCCUGUUCCAGCCGGUCCGGCCGUCCAUCCACGUCGACAGCAACAUCCUGCUCAUUACCAAUGCGUCAAAGUUUCACUUGCCUGUCAGGGCGUACACGGGCUUCCUGGAGCCCCACGUGCUCCCACCAAGCCUGAAGGACAACAUGCUAGACUUUGGCAUCCGCAGUGCCACAGAGACCAGCAGCAUCAUAUUCGUGGUGCUCAACAGUAACCCCAUAGAGCUGGAGGUAAAGUCCUGGCAGGUGACGGGUGACAGCCUCUCCAUGGACCUGCUGAAGGCGGAGAGGGGGAACGCGACGACCGUGUCCAAUCGUCUACGAGAGCUGCAGAAUGUGACGGCGUCCAAUCAUAAAUCGGUGGUUAUCGGGCCCGGCUUUUACGCCGCCUUCCGCGUGACACUAGUGGCCAAGGCGCUGGAAGGCACGUACGACGGGGCCAUACACAUCACCACAGACUACGAGAUAUUAACCAUCCCGGUGAAAGCGCUCAUCGCAGUGGGUACGUUAACGAGCUCCCCCAGUCACCUAGUCCUGCCUCAAUCAUUCCCAGGAAAAGUUGUGCACCAAAUUUUCAGCAUCCGGAGUUCAUUCACGCAGAAAGUGAGGCUGGAACAAAUCCGCUCGCUCACCGAAGACAUCCGUUUUUACUACAAGCGUCUGCGUAACAACAAAGACGAGCUCGAGCCCAGACGCAAAUCCAAGAUUGCGAAUAUUUAUUUUGACGCCAGCUUGCAGUGUGGAGAUCAUUGCUACGUGGGGUUGCCUUUCGUCCUCAAAUCUGAGUCCAAGUCUCACGGGAUGGCACUCCAGGAGGACAUUUGGGACACUGAUGUGGAUCUCCACCAGAAACUUCUAAGGCGAUGGAAGGAGUUGAAAGAGCGCUCAGGCCAUAUGGUGGAAGCUAUGUUCGAAGUCAACACGGAUCUCCAGAAGAACGUACAGGCUAAAAUUACAGCCGAGCUGACCUGGCCCUCUCUGGUCAACUCCACGCAACGCAUCACGUUCCCGCUGACCAACACAAACAGCUCCUCUGAAAGAGAGGUAACGCUGCAGAAUCCCGCUGACGUUCCCGUCUACGUCCAGGUUCUCCCGCUGGGUCUCUUGCCCAAUCCCUCGGUGUUUUCCGGAAAGUUAGCAGACAGGUGGCAACCAGGAAAUCUGUCCAACAUCAACAUUGACACAAACACCCUGGAGUUCCAAGUGAACAGAAACCAGACGGCUGGCGUAAAGAGCGGCAUUGGGUUUGUGGAGGGAUCGAGCCGGCCCUUCGUGCUCAACAUAGUCCUGAUGCCGGGGGAGGUAAAGUCGUUUAAUGUGAGCUUCACCCCAGUCCGCAACCACAGUGUCUCCUCACUGCUGAUAGUCCGGAACAAUCUGACGGUGAUCGACACCAUCGUCCUCCACGGCCGCGGAGCCACAGAGAGCCUAAAAGUUGCCGGGAAGUCUCCGGGCUGUGACAGCUCACUGAGGUUCAAGAUGACCGAAGCGCUGCUGAGAGAAUGCACAGACAAGAAAAGAAUCAAGGAGCUCACCCUCGCGCUUAAGAGAACGUUCCGCGUCGAGAACACAGGCCUGCUCCCCAUCACCGUUCGGUCGGCGGAGAUCAACGGACAACCGUGCGAAGGAUUUGGAUUCAAGGUUCUCAACUGUCAAGAGUUUUUGCUCCAACCCAAUGCAUCGAAAGACAUCGCCAUACUGUUUACGCCAGACUUCACCACAUCUCGAGUGAUCCGUGAGCUCAAGCUCAUGACGUACGGCGGGUCCGAGUUCGUCUUCGUGAUGAACGCCUCUCUGCCCUACCACAUGCUGGCGGUGUGCGCAGAGACCCUGCCCCGGCCCCCCUGGGAGAUGCAAGUCUGCUUCAUCGUGUCCGUCAUCAUGAGUUCUAUGUUCCUCUUGGCGAUCGGCACCGCCUACCUGGAGGCGCACAGCAUCUGGGAGUCCUUCAAGAGGCGUCAGUCCGUUGAGCCCAACUGCACCUUGGAGACGGGGAGGCCAUUUAACCUCAGGGACAUUGUGCAACUACACAGUGACUCAACUGACUCAUCGCAGACCUCCAGGAGCUUGUACGCAUCCUCCAGCAAUGGAGCGGCACGCGCAGGGCGACACAGCAACAGCCGGACCCUGUCCGAUUCCGACGUCCAGGAUAAGCGUUCCAGGAUGGGCAUCGGCCGCCCGUCUACGUCUACGUCUAUGCAACCGGCCGCCUCCGCCCAGCUCGGCAGAGGCGGAAGCGGCGGCUCGGGCCAGGAAGGGGGCACCCAGCCCGCCGACUGCCAUCUGACCCAUCGCAAAGCUCGCAGCACCAAAGCAGAUCUCCACGGUCAAAGUUUAGCCGUGUCACCGUCGCCGCCGCAAAGGGGGGGCGCGGACGACACGGAAUACACCCACCUGGUCAACGUCAUGGACACAGACCGCCACCGUCCAGACUCGCUUCGAGAAACGUUACAGGACCAGAACUCCCAGUCACUUCACAACAAAGUGUUAGAAUCCAAAGGGAAGGUGCGAGGCAAAACAAAAGCACAAAAGAAGAAGGAAGAGAAGGUAAAGAAAUCCACGAUCAAGACGCCAGGCGACGAGCUCAAAGACAACUUGGCCGACAACGACGACAGCUCCUCCACCACCACGGAGACGUCUAAUCCGGAUGUGGAGACCAGCGUUAAAGAGGAAACGAUCAAAAAGAAAGGAAGGACAGUACUCCCGGCGAAAGAAGAAAAAGAGGAAACACAUUUUCUCUCGAAACAAAAACCCAAGAAACAAGGACCCCCUAAAAAGGAGGUCCAAGUUGAAAAACCCAGUUCCCUGGAGUUGCCAUAUGUGACGCCAUACGAGAACAAACAGCGCAAGAGCCUCACAUCCAAAUCCCCCCAACCCGUCGCCAGCGUCCCCAAGACGAAACCGCUGCAGAAACCCAGACCGUCAUGCUCCCCCUCAGUCGAAGGGAAGCUGGAAGAGGGUCGUUCCACUCUGCUGGCCAAACUGCUGUCCAGCAGCUCCGCACAGGAGUUCGGUCACAGCAGCAGCUCGGAGGGCGAGAAGGAGUUCGCCACUCCCGAGUGGGACAUCCCCAUUUGCAAAAAUGCCGUCCAAGCAGACAGUCUCCAGCAGCUCUCCCUCCAGACGUUAAACGCAGACCCCUUCCUGAAGCGAUCGUCCACGGCGGGCGCUUGCUCUCCGCCGCCCACCUCCCCCAACCUCCUGCCGCGCGGCAGCUACAGCAGCGUCCUCAACAGCACCAGCGACUCGAACCACAAUAAAGCUCCGGGAAGCAAAGCGUGCUGCUCCACGCCGCUUCCCGGCAAAAACGGAAACCCCACCUUUGCCGCUGUGGCUGCCGGUUACGACAAGAGUCCAGGGGGCUCUGGACCGGGCAGGAUCGAGGGCCAAUCCAGGAGUCUGAUACACAAGACGUCAGUGGAGAGCGACAGCUCAGACGGCUCAGGGUUUUGGAGUUCCGUCGACGCGGUCAGCAAUCCGGGCUUCCACUCGGCCAACUCCUUCUCCGCUUUUGGGCCCAGCAACUCCUUCAACUUGACAGGAGUGUUCAGCGGAAUGGGCCUCGCGAAGCCGUCGGAGCCUCAGCCGAGCUGGCCCGACUUCACCGCGGUGCCGUCGUCGUCCAUUUGGGACAUCCCCAUCACGGACACCCUGCACUCCUGGCCCAGCAGCUCCAGCUCGCCCACCGCGCCCACCUCAUCACUCCUGGGGAGCAGCCACAACCCGUGGUCCGCCAGCGCCACCUUCGGCAACUCCAUUUGGUCGACGAGUACCGAGUCGUCCCUGCGCCCUUACUCCCCCGCCGCCAACGCGUCCACUCUGACGGACCACCUGAUGUCCGGCGUCGCCCACUCGCCCGACAUGAGCCGCACGUACAACCCGUGGAGCGUGUGGCGGCCCACGCUGAGCCGGCGGAGCUCGGAGCCCUGGCCCAGUUCCUCGGAGGACGCCAGUUGAAACGGCACUUUGAGGCGGCGUCCCGACGCGGUAUUUUUCUCGAGCGCGACGAGAAGAGUUUCGAUCGCUCGCCAACCUCUUUGCGUUUAGUUUUUCCCCGACGCUUUUUAUUCACGGGGGGCCGAUACUUUUAUUUGUUUUAACAGAGGUGCUCGCCCUUUGCCCCUCCGAAAUGAGACGUUACGGCUGGUUAGGCUGGAAGUUUGGUUCGCCACGCAGAAUCUCAGUUCAGUAUUAAAAAGUAAAAAGAAAAACAUUUUUCAUAGUUUUAUCGCAACGACUGGUUUAUUGGACAUUUGGCCAGUUGCGCAGCAGCUUUUGAUUGGAACAGCAACCUCGGCUGUGAUUUGACAUCUAAUGAAAAGGCUCCCCGUUUUAAAAGUCCCAAAAGUACUUAAGUUGGAGGUUUGUAUUGUACCGGACCUCGAUUUGUCAGCAAAUUACAUUAAAGGAUUUCAGCACAGCA